AUACCAGCAGCUGUCGAGGACGACUCCGACGCGUGGCGGGUCAACCUGACACGGCCACCAGACAAGGAGAACGAGCUGAUAGCUGUGGCUGCCUCCCAUGGCGCACCAGGCAUCACUGCCAGACAGGCCGCCCGUCUCAGGACUACGGGUGGUUCGUGGUGCUGGCUUUUCGGGCGAUCGAGGUGUGCCUUCAGCCGCGCCAGCCCACAGACGACCCCGCGGUGA